AUGGGUUUUAUAUGGAAAGAAGUUUUCCGACUGGCCAUCAUUUUGGGAAUAAUUUUAACAAAGGUAAAUAGCCAGCAGCAGGAGCAUGGUAGGAUUGCAGUCGACAUGAUCAGAUUUUCCAACCCAGGAGGCUUCCAAGCGGACGGUGCCUGUUGUAAUGGAUUUAACAUCGGGGGCAUUAACAGAUGUUCAGAGAGCUGCAACUACCUGUUCAACCUCUGCUUUGAUAAUUACAAUAGUACGUUGGACCAUACAGAAUGUCCAAUUGGCUCUCAAAGCCUUGGUCUUGUAGGGGAUGGAACAGAUGAAUUCGACUUCCCUCCAGCAUUUGUCUCUGGUGUGACUAACCCUGUUCUUGUUGCCUUCCAGGAAUGGACGGGCUCUGGUCAGCUUAAGGUGGUUGCCAGCAACCAGAAGAGCGUCCCCGUACCUCCCUUAGUGAAUUACUUCACAAUAAAUCACAAACAGGAAGUUGCGUCUCGGAAUGCCACAAGCAUUACAUGGACAGAUUAUAAUGUUACUGGAAACAUGGAUAUUCCCAACACAGAUAUUGAGUCCAGAAUUUUCCUAAGAAUUGGUGUAUAUUGCGAGCUGAAUUAUUACGGGAAUGGCUGUACGAAAAAAUGUGUCCCUACAAAUGACUGCACUGGUCACUUUUACUGCAGCGACGACGGUGACAAAAUAUGUCAACCUGGGUGGCAAGGUGACAAUUGUGACAUCGUGAUACCCGGAGAGUCUGGCUGUCCAUCAAACAACACGUGUAUGCAUAACGCGACCUGCUUCAGUCAUGACCAAGGCGGAAGAGGAUACAUCUGUUGCUGCAAAUCCGGCUGGACAGGAGACGAUUGUGAGUUUCUCGUGGACUGCAGAGGCGGACCCGACUACCAAUGCCAAAAUGGAGGAGAAUGCGCGGAUAUAGGUUCUGAAAUGUUCCAAUGCAUCUGUCCACCAAAUUUCUAUGGGGAAAGAUGUGAAUAUGAUAGAAGAAAUAACAACUGCAGUCAGGUGACCUGUAACAACGGCGGCUCUUGUUUUGACACGGAAGAUGGAUUUGUUUGUAAUUGCACCGUAGGUUGGACGGGUACAAUUUGUGAAGUCGAACUCCCUACAGUCCCACCUAUGAGUAAUUGCACCGAGGACUACUACGGACUCGACUGUUCCGUGUACUGCAAAGCAGAGGAUACAUGCAAUGGUCACUACACAUGUGAACCAUUUACAGGUGAUAAAUUGUGUAAUGAAUACUGGACAGGGGAGAACUGUACAAUUAAAACAGUAGAUCCACUACAAGACCCCGAAUGUCCUGAUGCGGGGACGUGUUAUAGAGGGGCAUGUUUUAACGGGACAUGUUGCUGCGAAAUAGGUUUCGUAGGAGACUUAUGCCGUGAAAUCGAGCACAAAUGUGACUCCCAACCGUGUCAAAAUGGUGCAUCUUGUAUACACGCAGGAGAGGAUUAUAUAUGCGAUUGUAAAGCAAACUAUACUGGUGUUAAUUGUGAGACGUACAUUCCUGAUAUGACAACGCCCAUACCUCCCACUACAAUAAAUACCGCCACAACGGCAUUGACCACUGAAAUGUUCACCACAGAAAUGACCACUGAAAUGACUACUGAAAUGACCACUGAAAUGACUACUGAAAUGACCACUGAAAUGACUACUGAAAUGACCACUGAAACGACCACUGAAAUGACUACUGAAAUGACCACUGAAAUGACCACUGAAAUGACUACAGAAUUGACUACAAAACCGACCACUGAAAUGACCACUGAACAAGUCACCACUGUUCCAUCCACUCAGCCUACAACGGAAGAUUUGACAACAACUCCCGAUACAACUGUAGCGAUAACAACCGUGUCUCCAACAACCAUGGCAACCGAACCUGAAACAACUCCAACAACAGACAUGGAGACAACUCAAACCACGGUUGUAUUGACAUCGGAACCUACGACUGUUGCUGCAACUACAGAAGAAGACACAACUGUUGGUACAACAACAUUGGAAGACACAACUGUUGGUACAACAAUAUUGGAAGACACAACUGUUGGUACAACAAUAUUGGAAGACACAACUGUUGCUACAACAACAUUGGUAGACACAACUGUUGCUACAACAACAUUGGAAGACACAACUGUUGCCCCAACUGCUGUCCAAAGUACAACUGAAUAUACAACUGUUGUCGAAACAACUGUGGAAGAAGAAUUAAUGACAACAGAAGUUAUAACUACUGAUAAGACAGAAACACAAACAACUACAAUUGCCGAUAAGCCAACAACAGGCAAAACUCCUAGUGCACCUCCCAUAACACUAACAAGUGGGACAGUUGGGACAACUGGUGGAACAAUGGAAGUGACAGAGGCAACAAGCUCGACACCUGAAACAGGGGUAACGAUGGGGACUGGCAGUACUGACGGAGUUGGGAUUACUGAUUCAACGGAUGAUGAAGUUACUCCGACAACCGAUGGGGCUGGUGCCACUACAACUGCAAUUGAUAUUACUGACUCCACUAAUGGGGGUGGCGUAACUGCUGUUACAGACUCUACUGGGGUAACAAAUGGAAUAACAAGCGUAACUGUAACAGGAGAAACUGGAAUAACAGUGGAACCAGGCGUUACAAUGACAGGAGGACCUGGCGUCACUGGUACAGAAGAACCAGGAGUCACUGGCACAGGAGAACCAGGCGUCACUGGAACGGGAGAACCUGGCGUCACUGGUACAGGAGAACCAGGCUUCACUGGUACAGGCCAACCAAGUGUCACUGGUACAGAAGAACCCAUUGUUACUGGCACAGGAGAACCAGGUUUCACUGGAACGGGAGAGCCUGGCGUCACUGGUACAGAAAGACCGGAUGUCACUGGUACAAGGCAACCUGGAGUCACUGAGGGAACAGGUGUUCCGCCAAUAGGGCCGACUAUGAAUCCAGGUGGAGGUUCACAUGGUGUCUACAUCAAGCAGUGGUGGGAUGGACAACAUGGGAGAUAUCUUAAUGAAUCUGCAAUGAUUAGCAUCAUAAAAGAUGCAUGGACAAAUGCAAAUCCGUCAUCAGGAUCCAGCAUGGCAAAUGCAGAAAUACAACUGACUGGCCAGGAAAAGUAUUUGGGGUCACCUUCUGGGGAACAAGUCUCUCAUGUUGGAUACAGCAUCAACAACAUUGAUAUCAGCCAGUUGACAGAACCAACAUUACAAGAUUUCGAAACUGCAGCUAAUGCUAACGAAAAUGCACACGAAAUUUAUGUUGGAACUGAAUUGUGGAAAUUCAGUGAUAGAUACGAAUUCAUGUCUACUGAUAGAGUCCUCAGAAGACUUGACGGUGAUUUUGCUGAUCAGAUUGAAGCAGCAUGGAAAAGCGUUAAUGAAGAUUAUAAAGAUUGCAAUUGCACAAAUGCAACCAUAGUUCGACUGGAAAAGUUUAUAGGUGUAAAUAGGAAUGAAGUUACUAAAGUAAUCUAUUUUCUAAAAAAUCAAUCAAUGACAAUAAAUGGUGAAGAAUCUCCUCCUCCAAGUGGCUUCACACAACAGCUCGAUACGAAUCUCAAAACUAUAACAAAAGUAACUCAUCGUUACUAUGGACUGUACCAAGAAUCAAAACUGCUGGAUUUUAGUUACCACUAUAGCUUAAAUGUUGUCGGACGAGUAUUUGAGAAGGAUAUUGCACAGCUGGAGAGUGUUAUCAAAACUGCUUGGGAGGAUAAUGAUGCAGAGCUUAAAAAUUGUCAAGCGUGCAAUUUGACAAUUUCCGUCGAAGCACUCGAACAGUAUGUUGGAGACGCAGGAAUGAUGACAACUAAGAUAGUGUACUUUAUCUACAUAAACAACACAUUGUCUUCUCCCAUCAUGCGCCCAGCUCCAUCCAGUAUACCAUUGGCAUCCUUACCAAACGUUAUGGCUUAUUCUGGAAAUCUGAUUAUGCCAUACAGGACCAGAUAUUCUAUAUUCGUUACAGGAGGUUCUGAACAUCUCGUGUAUGAUAAUUUGAGGAAGUCUUUGAUUGAAUCAUGGAAUCAAGACAUGGCCGAUUGUCCAUCAUGUGUGCCAACUAUAGAGUUCUCCCUGCCAGAUGAAGUCAAUGAUCAAACCACUGGGACAAAUUCUACAAGAGUAAACUAUUUUGUAUUCCUGAAUGGAAGUCUGAUUGAUGGUGAGGAAAUCGAUGGCCCAACGCAAGAGACCAUAAACAAUAAGUUGGAAAGCAAUGGCAUAACUCCCUGUGCUUGUAAUGAUGUUAGACGACUAUACUAUAUUGAUGUCCUAAACUGGCUUUGGGCCCGGAACAUAUCAUCAUUCGAGUCAUCUCUUCAAAGUGCAUUCGGCGAGAGGAACAAAGAUGUGUCAGCUUCUGUCGUGGUUUCAGUAAUGAGACGAGAACAGUUCACGAUACAAUCAGGACCAGUAACUAGAGUGUUUUGUACAUUACACACCAAUGGAGUUGAUCCAGAAAAUGUGCGGGGAUUAUUUUGGCCGACGGAGACACAGCUGCGAGAAAAACUCCAGCCAACACCGUGCGAAUGCAACCCUCAGAAAGUUUACACAAUAUAUGUGGAAGGCGAUCAAUCAAACAGCGUUGCCAACAUCCAGAAUGCUCUGACCGCUGCCUGGUCGCAAAGUAACACUGCAACACGAUCUACAACAAUGGUCCGAAUCAAACGAGAUGUUUCUACGAUGACAGUCGGUACCCAAGUUUCAGAUCUAAGUUCUGAAUAUUUUACUGAUAAAAGGCUUCAAGUAACGAAGGCUGAGUAUUCAUCAACGUUCUCCGAUGUGGACUCAAGCAUGGUUAUGUCAAGUGCACCGACAUCAACAGUAAUUAACGCUGAGCUGCAGAAGGAAGAUCUUACUGGAACAAGUGAGACAGCGAGACGACGGCAUGUUGUUUAUGUCACUGGGGCUAUGAGUGAUGCAGUGAACAUAUCAUUGCAAAAUGCUAUAGCUACAGCAUGGGCCUCAGUCAAUCCAGGUUACUCUAAUACAACCAUGAGAACCGUGCUGAUUACUAUCAAUCCAAACUAUAAAGUUGCGGGUGCCAGCUCAAGUGACAAGGUUGCAGAAAUAUUUUAUACAAUUAUUCCAAAUGUGAAUGACAUGACUCGGACUGCCGAAGGAGAUGAGUUGAUCAUACCAAGCGACGAGGUCCUCAAUAAUACUAUACGACAAAUAGGUCCUGGUUAUAAAGUGGUACCAGGUGAUCGAGCUGAACCAAUAAGAACAGAACAACAGAAUCUUUGGUGGAUUGGCCUUAUCAUUGCUGGUAUACUAGUCUGUAUUAUAAUUGUCGUUGCUAUCAUUGCGAUGAUUAUAUCCAAACGAAAAAAUAAAAUGAACAGAAAUCUUGAGAGGGAUCCAAGAAAAAUGACAGCUACUAAUUAUGAUAAAGAACAUUUUACAACAAGUCCUGCGUUGUUUGAUAACCCAACCUAUAUUCCAUCAGAUGAUCUAGAAUCGUAUAACAAUGGUAGAGACAGCAAUAAUGUUUAUAUGGUGACCUGACCUAAGACACCAAUGGUGGUGACCUGAUCUUAUAACAAAUUGUUAAUGUACAUAUUCGAUAUUUGCUCAGAACAAUAGGGGCGAUUUGGAUG